CAUUAACUCUUUUCCUUGCAUGGACAUAGAGAGCAACAGCUUCUCUGCACUCAUUCCCCUGAGUUAACAAUAUCAUCGCACAUUCACUACAUUCAUGACCACCACCGCUGCCGACGAUGACGGUGGCCUGACAGCCAGCUCCGCCACCCCAUCCACAAGCCUCACCUUUAUCCCCGGCCCCAUCAUAGUCGGUGCUGGUCCGUCCGGUCUCGCCACCGCCGCUUCUCUUCAUCUCCUCUCUAUCCCCUCCGUCAUCAUCGAGCGCUCCGACGGCAUAGCUCAUCUAUGGCGCCACAAUAGCUACGACCGCCUCUCCCUCCACCUUCCCAAACAGUUCUGUGAACUCCCUCACCUCCACUUCCCUUCCCACUUCCCCAUUUACCCUUCCAAGUCUGACUUCAUCUCCUACCUCCUCACCUAUGUCGACCACUUCGGGCUUCGGCCGAACUUUCAUUGUACAGCCACAGCAGCAAGGUUCAAUGAAGAGGAUUCUCUGUGGCAUGUGGAGGCAGUGCGGAGAUCGCCGGAGAGGGAGGAGGAGGAGGUAGUGGAGCUUGUUUCCCCGUGGUUGGUGGUUGCGACAGGGGAAAAUGCAGAGCCGGUGGUGCCGGAGAUGAAGGGGAAGGAAAGGUUUAAAGGUGGAGUUUUGCAUUCGAGCGAGUAUAGGAAUGGUGUGGAUUGUAAAGGGAAAAGGGUGUUAGUUGUUGGAUGUGGGAAUUCUGGAAUGGAAAUGUGUUUGGAUUUGUGCGAGUUUGGAGCAGUGCCAUUCUUAUCAGUUAGGAGUGGGGUACAUGUGCUGCCAAGAGAUUUGCUUGGAAUUUCUACUUUUGGGCUGGCAAUGAAGCUAUUGAAGUUGCUUCCAGUGAGAUUAGUGGACAGAAUCCUACUAUUAUUGGCCAGAAUGGCCAUUGGAGAUACAGAAAAAUAUGGAUUGAAAAGGCCUAUGAAAGGACCUCUUGAGCUCAAGAAUUCUACUGGAAAAACUCCAGUUUUGGAUGUUGGAGCCUUUAAGCUGAUUAAAAAAGGAAGGACUAAGGUAGUAUCAGAAGUGGAAUCCCUAACGAGGGAUGGGGCCAAGUUUGCUGAUGGAAGAGAGAUGGCAUUCGACUCUGUCAUUUUUGCUACCGGUUACAGAAGCAACGUCCCUCUCUGGCUCAAGGACUGUGAUUUCUUCUCAGCUGACGGCAAACCCAAGUUGCCAUUCCCCAACGGCUGGAAAGGUGAGAAUGGUCUCUACUGCGUUGGAUUUACAGGCCGAGGACUCCUCGGCGCCGGCAUCGACGCACAGAAGGUGGCUCUUGACAUUGCAGAUAGCUGGAAGAAGACCUCCAGUAUAAAAAACCAGUAGCAAAAUCUGGUUUUUAUUCUCUUACGUUAACUUAGUAGUUCAAUAUGAACCACGUUUA